AGGACCGAGAGCGCACGGGGUGUAAGGACCCAUCCUCAUUAGUAACUCCAAUUCUUUGUAACAGUUCUCAAAAGAGCCUAGAAGUUGACAUGUUUUAUAGAUGUGUUACUGCCGGGCACAGUGGCGCACUCCUGUAAUCCCAGGUAUUGCGGAGGCCGAAGCAGGAGGAUCGCGAGUUCCGAGACUGCCCUGGGCACGAUAGCUUCAUGUCUGAAGAAAAAAAAUAUUUGCUUGUUGCCUCAUCUUUUACUUAGCAGAAACCAGCAUGUCAGGGUGGGAGUCUUACUAUAAAUCCGAGGGCGAUGAAGAGGAAGAGGAGGAGGAGGAGAGCCCUGACGCAGGUGUAGGUUGACAUCUGUUGAACUCCAUUAAGUGAACCUUUUCGGGGGUAUCCUUUGUCACCUUAUGUGGCUCAGGAGAAUAUAAAUACUCAGGAAGAGAUAGUUUGAUUUUUUUGGUGGAUGCUUCCAGGGCCAUGUUUGAAUCUCAGGGUGAGAAUGAACUGACACCUUUUGAUAUGAGCAUCCAGUGUAUCGAGUGUGUGUACACGAGUAAGAUCAUCAGCAGUGACCGAGAUCUCUUGGGAGUGGUGUUCUAUGGUACCAAGAAAGACAAAAAUUCAGUGAAUUUCAAAAAUAUUUACGUUUUACAAGAACUGGAUAAUCCAGGUGCUAAACGAGUGCUUGAGCUUGACCGGUUUAAGGGGCAGCUGGGACAAAACCAUUUUCAAGACCUGAUUGGCCACGGGUCUGACUACUCGCUGAGUGAAGUGCUAUGGGUCUGUGCCAACCUCUUCAGCGACGUGCAGGUCAAGAUGAGUCAUAAGAGGAUCAUGCUGUUCACCAAUGACGAUGACCCCCAUGGCGGGGACAGUGCCAAGGCGAGCCGGGCCAGGACCAAGGCCAGUGAUCUCCGCGACACAGGUAUCUUUCUGGACUUGAUGCACCUGAAGAAACGUGGAGGCUUUGACAUAUCCUUGUUCUACAGAGAUAUCAUUAGCGUAGCAGAGGAUGCGGACCUUGGGGUUCACUUUGAGGAAUCGAGCAAGCUGGAAGACCUGUUGAGGAAGGUUCGUGCCAAGGAGACCAGGAAGCGUGUGCUCUCCAGAUUAAAAUUUAAACUUGAUAAAGAUACAGCAUUCACCGUGGGCAUUUAUAACCUGGUCCAGAAGGCCAACAAGCCACCGCCAGUGAGGCUGUACCGGGAAACAAACGAACCAGUGAAAACCAAGACCCGGACGUUCAGUGUGAACACAGGCAGUUUGCUCUUGCCCAGUGACACCAAGCGGUCUCAGAUCUACGGGAAUCGGAAGAUUGUGCUAGAGAAAGAGGAAACUGAGCAGCUGAAGCGGUUUGAUGAGCCAGGUUUGGUCCUCAUCGGCUUCAAGCCCUUGGCUCUGCUGAAGAAGCACCACUACCUGAGGCCCUCCCUGUUCGUGUACCCUGAGGAGUCCCUGGUGAAUGGGAGCUCAACCCUGUUCAGUGCCCUGCUCAUCAAGUGUCUGGAGAAGGAGGUCAUAGCUGUGUGCAGGUACACACCCCGCAAGAGCGUGCCCCCUUAUUUUGUGGCUUUGGUGCCACAGGAAGAGGAGUUGGAUGAUCAGAAAAUUCAGGUGACUCCUCCAGGCUUCCAGCUUGUCUUCCUACCCUAUGCGGAUGAUAAACGAAAUGUGCCUGUCACUGAAAAGGUCAUGGCCAACCCAGAACAGAUAGACAAGAUGAAAGCCAUUGUUCAGAAGCUGCGCUUCAAAUACAGAAGUGACAGCUUUGAGAACCCCGUGCUGCAGCAGCACUUCCGGAACCUGGAGGCCUUAGCCCUGGAUUUGAUGGAGCCUGAGCAAGCAGUGGACCUGACCUUGCCCAAGGUUGAAGCAAUGAAUAAAAGGCUGGGCUCUCUAGUAGAGGAAUUUAAGGACCUUGUUUACCCACCAGAUUACAAUCCUGAGGGAAAGGCCACCAAGCGAAAGCAAGAUGGUGAAGGUUCUGGGAGCAAAAGGCCCAAAAUGGAGUUAUCUGAAGAGGAGCUGAAGGCCCAUGCUGCCAAGGGCACACUGGGGAAGCUCACCGUGCCCAUGCUGAAGGAGGCCUGCAGGGUGUGCGGGCUGAAGGCUGGGCUAAAAAAGCAGGAGCUGCUGGACGCACUCACCCAACACUUCCUGAAGGACUGAGCAGCACACAGCCAGCUGCCUUCCGCCUUCCGCAGCAGGCCGGGCUGCCUGCCUCUGUUCCGCUCACCAACUUCCCAAAUGUUUCUGGGAGCCAGGGACUUCAGGUUUGUGGGACCUCUUGUCAUGGAGACCAUGCAGCUUUCCCAUUUUGCUGUGCCUUACUCUACUGUGUGAAUAAAGGCCUAACUUUGUACUAUA